AUGCAAGAAGUUAUCAACAAUCAUACCUGGGAAUUUCCACAUCUUAAGCAUACUUUGAAGUUCAAGUUCGAUUACCCGUCGCCGAUCGCGAGUGGGACCAUGAAAUCAGACGGUCUCUGCGAGCUAUCCGAGGAGUUCUUGGAAUCCUUUCUUGUUGACGCUGAUCCGAUGGUGGAAGUGGGGUUGAGAGAGGUUCCCUUUUUCCUGGGUUAUACUCCACAGAGAACCGUGUUUAGCACAAUAGAGGACUUGAGAGACGAAGUGCGGGCCGAUAUUUCUAGGCUUGGAACAAAAAUCAAGGAAAUGAAAACAGAAAUCAAGGAAAUGAAAACAGAAAUCAAGGAAAUGAAAACAGAAAUCAAGGCAAUAAAGGGCGAUGUAUCAGAAAUCAAGGUCCUCUUACAGCGUCUUACUAGUGGUGCCUGA